AUGGCACACUAUCGACGGUUCUUCGAAGACGCACAGGAAACCAAGGUAGCCGGCCUCUACGACCUUGGCCCGACCAUUGGGAAGGGACACUAUGCUGUGGUAAAGCUGGCCCGACAUGUCUUCACGGGGGAGAGCGUAGCCGUGAAAGUAAUCGAUAAGACGCGACUCGAUCAGGUUUCUCGUGAACACCUGUUUCAAGAGGUUGUUUGCAUGAAACUGGUCCAGCAUCCCAACGUUGUCCGUCUGUAUGAGGUCAUUGACACUGUCAACAAGCUCUACCUCGUCCUUGAACUGGGUGAUGGCGGCGAUCUCUACGACUACAUAAUGAAACACGAAAAUGGCCUGUCCGAACACCUGGCGAAACGGUACUUCCGUCAGAUAGUGACUGCCAUUUCUUAC